UCUUGGGCAAUGUCCCCCCGCACUGGGGAAAUUCCUCCUCUGCACAAUAUAUAAGCCCCCCGGCCUGCUGGAAGGCAUUUUCACUACAGAGAAGGCAACCCAGGCAUCAUGGCUGUUCUGCUCAGGGCUCUGACCCUGGCAGCCUUAGUCUCCUGUCUCCAGCUGGCCGAUGCCAUCCAGAUUGUCCCCACCCCAUCGACCCCCCGCGUAGGACAAACCGUCACCCUUUCUGUGCAGGGCAUAAGGGACCCCACCAUCUGCUUUUGGUUCCGGGGUAGCAGAUUCGACAAGGGUCAGAUGAUCUUCCAGGUUGAGGCCGGAAGGGUGGUCUCAAGGGGUGGGGGCUCCACGGACCGCCACAGCCUGGGGAGAGACUGCGCCCUCGUCAUCCAAGGCGUGCAGCUGCCCGACGCUGGGGACUACUAUUUUAUCGCCCUGCACGGGAGACGCUCAGGUCAAAGAUGGGAAGAUGCUCUGACACGUCUGCAAGUUUCCAACUGAUGACUCUGGAUCCCCUCCCACGGACCAACAGCUUUUGCUGUAAGGAUGAAGGAAUUGGCCCUUGAGAUGAAUGAAUUUCUCCUUUGGUUCCCCUUCCCUUCCUCCUCUCUGAUCUCCUCUUGCCUUCCACUAAAGGAGAACACCUGAAUAAAAUAUCCGCACUGGCAAUUCAAAACAG